GAUUCAGCAACGUCGAGGGAAUGUUUGCAUUGACAAAUAAUAACAAAAAUCUGAAAAACGUAGAAACAGAUCUGUAUAUAUUUUGUAAAUAUUUACAAAUAGAAAAACUCAAAGAUAAAACAAGAUGAAAUGGUAUACACAUAUGGGAGAUUUUGCUAACAUGGUGAAAGCCUUCAUUGGAUCCAAUUACUUAGCUGUGUCAUUUGCUUUUUACCAGAGUGGAUUAGGACUUGGAAUCAUUGGAUUAUUAUUUGUAGCCACACUCACAGACCAUUGUUGUCAUCUGAUAGUGAAAACAAAAUACAGAGCAAUCAGGAACACUAUAAAUGAUGUGAAAGUUCAGUCGAAACCCAACAAACAAUACAUGGCAACCAGUGAUUCCGAAGAAUUCAGUGAACCUGACAUUGAAAUAGAAUACGAUGAAGUUCUUGAACAUGAAGAACAUAUGAAGCGUCACAUGUCAUAUGGCGAUGUUGGAUGGAAUGCAUUUGGAAAAUCUGGGUUAUAUGUUGUGAAUUUCUUCAUUGCUAUCACACAGUUUGGGUUCUGUGUUGGUUAUUUUAUUUUCAUUGGAAAUACAAUACAAUCUUUGUUUCCCUAUAUAUACUGUGAUAAUACCAUGCCAUUCAACUCAACUGUAAAUGCAUAUCCAAUUUGUCAUGGUGUUAUAGCACACAAAUCAGCAGUUAAUUCUUCAGAUUUAUAUCUUCAACAUAAUAGACAUGUACGUCAAUUAUUAGAUCAAGAUAUGAAACAUUUUGAAUCAAACACUUCUGUCAUUCAAUUUACAACUGGAAACAGUACAACAUUUGUACCAGUCACAUCAGCAACAGUCAGCAAUGUAUCAACAGUUAUACCAACAAUUUCAACAGAAUCAACAACAAAACCGACCACACCAACAGUAACAACAACAAAUAGUUCAACAAUAAAACCAACUACAUCACCAGUAACAACAACAAAUAGAACAACAACAAAACCGACCACAUCAUCAGUAACAACAACGAAUAGUUCAACAACAAAUAGUUCAACAACAAAACCGACCACAUCAACAGCAACAACAACAAAUAGCUCAACAACAGAACCGACCACAUCAACAGCAACAACCACAAAUAGUUCAAUAACAACGACGUUACCUACAACAACAGCAACAAAUGUUUCAGAGAUUUCCAGUAUUGUUCAGCAGUCUUCGGCACCAUCUCUCAAAUUUUUAGUGGCAUCACCUCUACCACUUUUUAUCAUAUUUGCCAUGAUAAGAACAAUACGUAAAAUGUCUUUCAUCAGUGUGUUGGCCAAUAUAUCAAUAUUUACUGGUUGUAUUGCUGUUUUUAUAUUUCUUGUUAUUGAUUUUGAAGUUCAUCCUGAUAUUCGUUAUUUUAACUGGGAAGGAUUUCCUGUGUUUUUUGGACAGUUAACAGCAGCCUUUGAAGGAAUCGGCUUAGUUAUUCCUGUUGAAUCAAGUAUGGAAGGAAACAGACACAACUUUGCAUCAUUUUUACAUGGUGCCAUAUGUGUUUUGUCAGUCAUACUUGGAAGCUUUGGAAUUCUGGGAUAUCUAAGAUUUGGUAGUGAAGUGGAACAGAUGUUGAACUUGAACAUCCCCUCUGCAAGCUGGGUUGCCUUUGCUAUAAAUAUAUGUGUGAUAGUAGGUGUGGCCUUGACCUUUCCAUUACAGAUAUACCCAGUGACAGAGAUGAUAGAAUUAGUUCUAUUUUCACACGGCAGUAUAUGUGGACCAAAGAAUGGAAAAGAUCUAGAUGACUCAACAGAAGAAAUGUUGUUACCAAAAGACUCUCCUGAUUUAGUUAAAUUAAUACCAAAAGAGGUAUCUACUUGGAAGAGAAAUUUAGUAAGAUUUUUAGUAGUUUGUGUGUCUGCUGGAUUGGCUGUUAUUUUUAGAGAUAGUUUUGCAUAUGUUGGUGCUUUUACAGGUGCAAUAGGAAGUUCUUUAUUAGCUUACAUACUGCCAUGUCUAUUUCAUCUAAAGAUCUGUGGAAAAGACUCGUCAUACGUGAUUAUCAUAAAGGAUGUGACUAUAGUUAUUAUUGGUGUGAUAUGUAGCAUCGUCAGUUUAUAUGCUGUUAUAGUCAAACUGAUACACCAGACUUCUGUAUGAUCAUAGAAUCUUUAUUAUUUUAUGUUUCGUAUUUGUAGGUUUAUAUGAACAAGGAUUUGGAAACAGUUGAAUUUUGUCAGUUAUGUCUCUCUUUAGACUGAAAUUACUGAAAUGAAAUUCCUAAAUUUUAAUUUUGUCUGAUUGAUUUUUAAAAUUUACCAAGAUUGGACACUUCACUUCUUUUUAUACGACCGCAAAAAUUUUUUGGGGUAAUUGCCCUAAACGUUUAGGAAUUUGGGGCCAAAAAGGGGCCAAAAAACAAGUAUUUUUCUAGUUUCCAGACAAUAACUUGUGUUCAAGUGUAUGGAUCUCUCUGAAAUUGUACUGCAAGGUACCAUACCACAAAGGGAAGGCUGGGAUUGAGUUUGGGGGUGAUGAAUCAUAAGGGGGUUCAAAAAAUUUGG